AAUGUUUGUGUAAAAAAGUUGUACACACGCAUACAACCAGACACUCGAAAUCACAUUCCGUAUGUAUCGUAGGCUAUAUACUAUUUUUGCCGAGUGAAUUGUAGCGGAUUAUAUAGUCACCUACACAUACACGCGCGUAACUGAUUCAAGUUGCGAACAUGUACAGACAGACAGAACCUACCACGAUACCAAUAAAAUGAGACUAAACAACACAAAUAAAUUGAGAGUGUGAAAUAGCAUCGCCUGAAAAGCCCAAUACAUACUCAUCGACGUGUGGCCACACAUAAAAUAUGCUGAAACGCGUAUAAAAAAUACGAUUAAAUAAACAAUGUGGAAGGCAAAACAAAUCGAACGUAGUGAAGAAAUGAAAAUAAUAUACGCUGAUGAAUUGCGGCCAUUUCUGAAUAUGUGCGACUGUGUAUAGGUGCAAUUUUUGCAUCGUCGAUUUGUAACUCAAGUAUUUUCUUAUCGUUUAUUACUGUCAAUGUGUAAAUUACUUCAUAGUGCACAUAUAUGUAACGCAAAUAUUGGUGCUGUGUUUUUUUUCUCACUUUUUUCUUGAGCAUUUUUUUCCCUACUCUCGUUCUCUAUCACAGAGUCAUUGCAAUUGUACGCAGAGUCAGUAGCCAUUCAUGAUUUAAAUAAUCGAAGAACGCAUCGCGACAAAUUACACCCAUAUAAAAAGUGAAGAGAAGAAAAAAAAAUAAAAUGUAAAAAUAAUUUUUUGGUCGGGCAAAGUGCGAACAAAGAAAAUUAUAUAUAUACACAAACACCAGACUGUGCAAGAGUUACUUUGGAUGCGCGUAAUCGUGAAUGGAUUUCCGUCGAACAGAGAGACACACAAAAAGGGGCGACAAAACCGAAUCAGAAAAGGAAGAAUAAACCAGUUUCAUUUUUUUUCUUUCUGCAUUUUGUGAAGUCGAACAGUGUACAGUCCAAAGGUUUCUAUUUCUUCAUGAAAUUUUCGUUGUAUUCAUUCGUUAAUGUAUAAGUGCUAAGCAAAGUGAGUUUAGUUUGUAUUCAUACUGUUGAAAGUUAUGUGAAUCACCGCCAAAAAAAUAUUUCACGGGAAAUUGAAAAAUUUGUCAUUUUUAUUGAUGGUGUUUACUAAUCGUCGGACGGAAUAGAAAAAAAUUAUUCAUUUGAUUGAAACAAUGAUCAAUCAAAGUGAUUGAAUAGACCACAAAUAUGGACGAUAAUCAAAAGUGUUAACCUCAUUUUGAUAAGCGCAUAGUAAAUAGUGUAGAAAAAGUUGUUAGAGGGCCGAAUACCCAGACACAAAAUGGAUAAUGCGGAUGAUGCACAAGAAAUAUCAUUUUCACCACCGCCAAGAAUGGGCCGUUCAUUUUCACCACCCACACCCUUCAUUCGAAACGGGAUUCGAUACAAUGAAUUUCGUGAAAUUUUGAAUACAGCUGUGCAAGCGACACAACACGGUCAAAUGCAACGUCAGCCAGAAGUUUUAGAUGCCGAAGAUAUAUUUGCUGAUGCUGAUAGUAUUGACGCAGUACCGAAUCGACCAAAUGUCCGACGUAGUCUUCGAUACCUCAAUUCGAUUCAAAUUUCAGAUGACGAAAUGGAUGCACUGUCGAAUCAAGCUCAACCGUCAGUUGAUGGUGAUAAUUCGCUGCCAGCUGAACCAAAUUGGGCAAUACGUCAGCAUGGUAGACACCUAAAUAUAUCCACACCACCACCACCACCUGAAUUAUUCAUACCAGCUGAAACCAGAAACAGAUCUCCCGCACGACUGACACAGAGACACAUAACACCGCCACCAUAUGAAAUCUAUCAGCCGACCGAUGGCAUGCGAGCUGUUUCGCCACCAUUAAAUCCAUGGAACCCAUACCUGCGUAGCUAUGGUCGUGUGUAUCCAUACGGUCUUGGUGCAAAUCAAUACGAAAAUCCACCACGAAAUUGGUUGGUAUCGACUGAACCAUCGCAACAGCGGCCAUUACAAAAUUUCCAACAAUCUCGUGUUCAUCUGGUUCCAUCGUUUCGCGAGUACAACACCAAUUUAAGUGCAUUGCCAUUGGCUGAAUCAAUGCGCCGCACUUUGAGUCGUCCCCGUUCCAAUCGAUCUUUUCUCCAUUAUCGAGGUGGUAGCGGCUCUGCUGGUUGCAGCAACAAUCAGCGUGAAACGGCUGAAGACGAAAACAUUUCCGGUUAUUCGAGUUUGCCUGUGAUCGAAAUCAGUUCAGAUGAUGAAGAUGAUUCCAGAUUGUUGCCCGUCGAAUUAUCCAUGCGUCCGGAUAGCAAUAAUAGCUCUUCAGCUCGGUCUUCCUUCAAUCACAGCAAUAAAGAAAAUGUUCAAAUACGUCAUCGCUUCGACUAUGCUACACAUCCAUCACCGUCACGACAAACACCGGCUGAAUCAAAGCCAAAUAGCCAUGCACAAAUCCGACGUACAUCUUCCGAAGACAGCAUCUCAUCGUCGGCAAAUCAUCAUCAUCACCAUCAUCAUCCGCAUCACCAUCAUAACUAUCAACCGGAUGAUGCAUCGGCACUGAAUUUAAGCAAUCGAAUGAAGCGACCGCAUCGUUAUUCACCGCCACAGUUACAGCAAAACAAACACUAUCGCCUCAACAAUGAGUAUCGGAAUAAUCGGAGUAGCCGACAAACGCCCGAAACCACCGAAUCGCAUAGUGCCGACGACGAAUCACCAGUACAGGCACGGAAGAAGCCAAACGUCAACGAAAUCGAUACGACGUUCAAUUCAACAAGUGCAAGCAUAUCGCAACCCAUCGACAAUGACGACGAAAAUAAUAACGUUGAACAGAAAUUCAAGAUUAGAAUAAAACGUGAAUUCAAAACCGAGGCGAUCAGCAACAACGAGAGUGUAGAUAGUGAAUCUGUUGUCGACACCAAAGAACAUUUAAAGCCACUUAUCGCCGAUAUCAAACAAGAGAAAAAACCCGUUUUGAAUGUGAAAGCGGAGCCGGUAUCCAGCACAAAUAAAAAGGAACAAUGCACCGUCAAUGAGAACCCGGAAAUUGCAAAUGUGAUAAUCAAGCAGCAACCGAUAGCGCCGCCAAUCGAUGAUUUUGAAAAUGAUCCAGAGGCUGGACCGAGUGGAUUGCAAACAGAACCGAUGCGAUUGAACAUUGAAAAUGAUGGUCGACGUCUGUUGCGAUACCAAAAUGAUUCAAGCUCGGACGAUGACAGUGGAGAUGAGCGUGUUGCGAUGUGGCGUCCACAGGAAUCGUAUCGAUUCAAUCGAAACGACGAGGAUUCGGGUGACACACGAUAUUCCAGCCAAUCGUGGAGAUACGAUUUACCAGCAGCAAUUGAACCACAAGUCCACAUUGAUAUCGCACCAUCGACGAGCAAUCAGUCUGAAGAAGUCAUUGACCUGAGCGAAAAUGAAUCUGUUCAUUCGAACGCUGCAAAUAAUCCACCAGCAAAUGCGCCGCGAAGCCUUGAAGUGCUGAACGCACCAGAUUUGCAACGACCGCAGGAUUUGCUGCAAUGUGACGAUUUGCAACUCGAUUGGCUCAGUGAUUCAAGCAGUGACAAUGAAAUUGUCUGCACCAUCCGACCGGAGACACCAGAUCGUAGUGCUGCAUUAAAUUUCACACAAUCGAAUUUGAAUACAUCACAAGCAAACAUUUUACCUGCGAUUGAUUUGACUGCUUCCGAUGAUGAAGAGACCACUCAUUCGAGAGAAUAUUGCACGGGUCAAAUGGGAGGUACCGGAUCACGAACCAAUGAACGAAUGAAUUUCAACGAUCGAAUGAGUUUACUAUAUGAAAAUCAUCAUCAUCGUCUUGCCAACAUAUAUCUCAGGAAUCGCUGCAUCCGAUCACCCAAUUUCCAUGGCGAACAACGGAGCGACAGAGCACAGUCCAGUCGAAAUCAGAACGAUGCAACCGCAAACAACAAUAGCGGGCAACCAAAUGAGGAACCGAGUCGAAGUGAUAUGUCACAUCGAACAAGUCGGUGUCCAAAUCAUCGUUUGCGAAGUGAUUUCCAUUGGUAUCGUCCAGAAAAUCUAAAUCCAAAUCCAGCUUCGUUCAGUGAUGCAGCUGCAUCGUCAAGUAAUACAGACCCCGUAUUCGUUCAUCAAGAAACUCGUCCAGUUGUGAACAUUGAACCGAGACAAGCCCCAAUUUCGCCUGAUGUUCUUCUAUAUGAUCCAAGCGUUCAGCCCAAUGCAAAUGUCGACACAAAUGUUGUUCAGGAUACAACACAAGCUAAUGAUGCAGUGUCGUUCAAUCCGCCAAAUAAUUCGGCAAUGAACUCACAUGCGACACGCCAUCAAUCCGCCUCACGUUGUCCGUACUAUCGACGUCUAUCCAUGUCUGGUUAUCACAAUAUGCCCGGUAGCAUAGCCAAUUAUCAUUCGUCGCUUCAAAAUGGAAACGGUUAUUUGCGUCCAGCUUAUGCACCGCACGAAUCUCUUUGGUAUCGUCAGCAAAAUAAUCAAGAAAUCCAUCGACGCCACAUGAUGAACAGUAUGAGCGGAACGGGAACAACAAAUGAUACAGCACAGCCAAGUUCAUUUGGAAGUUAUCCGAGUCGAGGUGCAUCAUCCAUUUCCAACAAUGGUUACUGUACGCAAUGCGAUCAACAACAUCCAAUUGGCCAUCCACACCGACGCCUCAGACAAUAUGUUUGCGGUUUGAAUAUGAACUCGGAGAAUCCACCACCAUUGAUUGCAAUGCGCCGCAAUGAUCCGAACCAUCAACAUGUACACCACCAUAUGUAUCAUCAUUAUCCGACAGACACAGCCUCGCCACCUCCUCAUCAAGUUCAUGUCAGCAUUGGGUUGCGUCGUUCUGGAGAGUAUGUGCCAUCAGCAAUUCAUCCAUCUCAUCCGAUAUAUGCAAAUCAUCGUUUGCGUACAUUUGGCCAAUUCGUGCGUGUGAUUGAAGAAAGCGAUAUACAAUUGCAGCGGUGUAUGCGUGGCGCAACAAGGGAAACAAUCGAACGUAAUACAUUGCCGCACAAGUACAAACGUGUGCGUCGUCAGAGUGAGCUGGAUGACGAUGAUGGCGGUGAAAAGUGUACGAUUUGUUUGUCGUUGUUCGAAAUCGAGAAUGAUGUGAGGAGGCUGCCGUGCAUGCAUCUCUUUCACAUGGAUUGUGUUGAUCAAUGGCUGGUCACCAACAAACACUGCCCAAUUUGUCGAGUUGAUAUCGAAACGCGGUUAAACAAAGACAUCAUAGCCAUUUGAUACACUCAAAACUCCGAAACCAUCAAUAUCGAUAUAAAUAUACCGAAAUAAAGUCGAUCAUUACACCCUCUUCAAUAAAAAAGAGUGGCGUCUCGAUAAUUAAUAAGUCAACGUCAUUUUUUCAUCUUUUUUUAAGCAAACAAAAACAAUACACCCGAGUGCAAGAUCUUUGAGAAAGCAAUUGAAAAACAUGCGUGAUUAAGAUGAUUCAAUUUGCAUGUCAAAUUGAAUGAAUAUCUUCUACAUGAUCACGUGUAAAACAGUAGAAAACACUCAAAAUAAAUAAAAAAAAAACUUGCACUCGGCUAGAUACUCAAAUACAAAUCCAAACAAAAAAUAUUUUCUCAAUCAACCGUCUAAUUGGUUCAAUGAAAUGGCAACUUAGCAGAAAGGAAUAACAACUGGUGUGAUAUGAAUUUCGUUAGCUACACAGUCAUCGACAUAUUUUGUUGGCCAAAUUUAAAAGAAAAUUUACCAUUGAUUAUUAUUAUUAUUAUUAUUUUCGGAAUAAAAGGAAGAAGAAAAAUUUAUUUCUUAAGUGACGAAGAGCAUCGAAGUACAGAUGGAUGGACAGAGAGAGAGAGAGAGGAACAGAGAGAAGAGAAUCUAUUUACAUUUUUUUAAUAGACAAUUUAAAAAGUAAGGUGAUCAAAAGUACGAUGUACGAAACACAUUGCAAUAACAUGGAAAAAUAAACCAAAACAAGACAAAUGAGAA